AUGAAGAAGCUACAUAAAUGUGUGUUUGGUGAAACAGAAGAAACAGAGGCCGUGUCAGUGAAGACGGGAGAGUCUGUCACCCUACACACCAGUCUGUCUGAAAUACACCAAGAUGACAAGGUAGAAUGGAGGUUUGGCGCUAUCUUCAUUGCUGAAAUCAACAGACAAAACAAAAACAUUACAGUUGACGAUGUCCUUAAAGAGAGAUUCGGAAACAGACUGAAGCUGGAGCAUCAGACUGGAGAUCUGACCAUCACAAAUAUCAAAACCACAGACUCUGGACUUUAUGAAGUAGCUGUUUCCAACACCAAGACCUUUAAGAAGACAUUCAAUUUCAAUGCUCUGCCUGCUGCUGAAAUCCAGCCUGUUUCAGUGAUUGAGGGAGACUCAGUCACUUUACACACUGAUGUCCCUGACAUACAGAUUUAUGAUAUGAUAUGGUGGAGGCUUGAGCAUAAGAACGACUCUAUAGUUGAAAUCAACAGAACGGCUGGAAUCUUCUCCACAUCUGAUGGUGCUGAUGAAAGAUUUGGACACAAACUGCAGGUGGAAUAUUGGACUGGAUCCCUGACCAUCACAAAUAUUGAAACCAGACACUCUGGACUUUAUGAAGUGUCCAUCAGGAACAGCAGACACACAAUACUCAAGACAUACACUGUAACUGUCAGCGGUGAAUUGGAGUAUGUGUCAGUGACUGCGGGAGAAUCCGUCAUAAUGAAGACUGGUUUUACAAAUAUACAGAUAUAUGAUUUUAUAGUGUGGAUGUUUACCGACACUGUCAUCGCUGAAAUCUAUAAAACAGCCCAACAGUUCAAUGUACGUGAGGUGGCGGAUGAACGAUUUAAAGGCAGACUGAACCUGGAUCAUCAGUCUGGAUCUCUGACCAUCAUAAACUCCAAAACCGCAGACUCUGGAGAGUAUGAACUGAAGAUCAGCAGCAGCAGACACUCCAUACACAAGAAGUUCACUGUUACUGUCAACCUUUUUUCGGCAGCUGCCAUAGCAGGAAUAUCAUAUGGUGCUGUUCAUGCGUUUGGAUUUGUAGGUGCGGUUGUGGCAGCAUGUUUCUUCCUUAUCCAUCAACCAAAAACAAAAAAAUUGUCAGUAUCAGUGCUGGUGGGAGACGAUGCCAAUCUAAACACUGAUGAUACUGAUGUUCAGAGAGAUGAUUGGUUACAGUGGAGGUUUGCUAUGGAAAAAAAACGUAGCACACGUAUUGCAGAAAUCUUUGAAGGGAUCGGAAAGACAUUUUAUGGUGAUGAUGGGCAAUUCAGAGACAGACUGAAGCUGGAUCUUCAAACUGGAUCUCUGAGCAUCAUGAACACAAGAAUUACAGACGCUGGAGUUUAUAAACUGAGAAUCGAGCACCUUGGGAAAACCUCCAUAAAGAAAUUCCGCGUUUUUGUGUCUUGUGAGUAA